AUGUCGAUGGAGAAACCCUUAGACGAGGCUGCGAAGCCACAGCCAAAUUUAGCCGUGAAUGCUCAACAUUUUUCAGAACACACGAACCUUAGAAACACAAUCUGGAAAACUCAUAAGCUCCAACCAUUCCGAGUUUCUACGUCUGGGACCUGUCUGGAAGCUCGCAGUCUUAAGUCCGGACAUCUUAGCUGGCGCCUCGGCGCUUUCAUCGCCUUAACAAUAUCAACUUUGGUUCUGCUGACCAACAUUGUUCUGUUGAUCGUCGGAGCCUCGGCUCAUGGAGGUUAUGUCAAGGGGAUUGGGACACUGGAAGCUGGAUCAGCUGAACUUGUGCAGAAACACGGUGCCGCGCUCCAUGUCCUCAUUAACAUACUGAGCACCGCCUUGCUCACCUCCAGUAAUUAUUGCACGCAAAUUCUAUUAGCGCCCACAAGAGAAGAACUGAACAUCGUGCAUGCUAAGAGGUCUUGGCUGGAUAUUGGAAUUAUGAGCUUCCGCAAUCUUCGUCACAUCAAGCGGCGCAGAUUCAUGUUUUGGUCAAUACUAGGUCUUAGUUCCCUACCUCUACACCUCCUAUAUAACUCCUCUAUCUUCGAGGUUACCACUGGGCAGCACUAUAACAUUUAUUUUGUUAAUGGCAGCGACUCCUCUAUCCUGGAAAAUCUCGAAAAGACGAAAACAAAGCUCUCUAAUGGCACAUGGCAGGCACUAUAUGACACUCAGUAUGUACCGAAUGCGGGAGACCUCUACUUGAUCAUCGACCAGUUUGCGCUGUCCGCAAAGCUGGAUGUAUACUCCUCCAAAAAUUGGUCUUAUGGGAUUGCACCUCAAUUGCCACAGCAAGCUCAUCAGUUAGCCUAG